AUGGAGAAAAAAGAGGAUAUCAGCUCUCAUGAUGGCGUGGAGAACGUGGAAGACUCGCCUCGGCGUGGCUCCUUUGCCGACAUGGACAAUCUCUCCGCCGUCUUCGAGAAUCCUCUCAAGCAACGCACCAAAGAGGAGCUUCUCAAAGACGUUGCGGAAUUCUGCCGCAUCCACGACCUCAACGACCAUCUCGAUGACUUCCGCAAAGGCGCCCUGGCCGCCCAGAACCCGGAAUCCUUCCAGUCCCUGCCAGAGCUCACCGCAGAGGACAAGAAUAUUAUUGAACGCGAGCAGACGCACCGCUGGUCUCAUCCGUUUAUGCUCUACUGGCUCUGCUGCAUGUGCUCCAUGGCCGCUGCAGUGCAAGGCAUGGACGAGACAGUCAACAACGGUGCUCAGGCGCUGUACUUGGCAGAUCUCGACAUUGCAGGCCCAAAUGUCACUCGCUUCUCUGCAUCUAUGCAGGACAACAUUACUGGCCUCGUCGUUGGCGCUCCGUAUCUCUGCUGCGCUAUUCUUGGCUGCUGGCUGACUGAGCCCCUGAACAAAGUGCUCGGACGGAGAGGAACAAUCUUUAUUUCUUGCUUCAUCGCCGCUGUUGCGUCAAUCUGGGAGGGCGUUGCCAACUCUUGGGUGAACCUCUUCAUUGCUCGGUUUGUCCUUGGCCUUGGAAUCGGCCCCAAGUCAUCUACAGUGCCCGUCUACGCCGCCGAGUGCAGCCCAGCUCCGAUUCGAGGUGCCUUGGUUAUGCAAUGGCAGAUGUGGACAGCUUUUGGUAUCAUGCUUGGCAACAUAAUGGGUGUCGCCUUUGGUCCAUCAACUGGCAUCAAGCCUAGCCUCGGCUGGCGCCUCAUGCUUGGCAGCACCGUCGUCUUGCCCCUAAUUGUCUGUGUACAAGUUUAUUUCUGCCCAGAGUCCCCUCGUUGGUAUAUCCAGCAUAACAAAGUGAAAAAGGCCUUUAGGUCCUUCCAGCGCCUUCGACACUCCAACGUCCAAGCCGCCCGUGAUACUUAUUACACCUACGUCGGAGUAGAGCUCGAGAGAGAGGUUAAUAGGGGCAAGAAUCUCUUCACGCAGUUUGCUGAGCUUUUCACUGUCCCUCGUAACCGUCGUGCCACAUGGGCAACUUGGAUUCUUAUGUUUGGCCAACAAUUCUGUGGAGUCAAUGUUAUCGCUUACUACAGCACCACUAUCUUUGUAAACUCUGGUUACUCCACCAACUCGGCUUUGCUUGCGUCGAUGGGUACCGGUAUUCUCAAUUUUGUAUUCGCUAUUCCCGCAAUCUUCACCAUUGAUAGAUGGGGUCGUCGAAAUCUUCUGCUCUUUACGUUUCCCUUCCUCUGCAUCUUCCUGCUAUGGACUGGAAUGUCAUUCUUCAUCCCCGAUGACCCGAGCAACAUCAAGAAGAGAGUUGGCAUGGUUACAACGGGCAUGUAUCUUUUCGAGGUCUUUUAUUCCCCAGGCGAAGGCCCGGUGCCCUUUACAUAUUCAGCAGAGGCGUUCCCAGUCCAUGUCCGUGACGUGGGCAUGUCGUGGGCUACCGCAACAACUUGGUGCUUCAACUUCAUUCUGUCGUUUACCUGGCCAUCGCUCCAGAGAUCCUUUACCUCUCAGGGUGCAUUUGGAUGGUAUGCAGCUUGGUGUGCCGUUCUUUGGUUCCUCAUCCUCCUCUUUGUCCCCGAGACCAAGGCACUUACCCUUGAGGAGCUUGAUCAGGUGUUUGGCGUCAGUACACGCAAGCACAUGAGCUACCAGAUCAAGAAUGCCUUGUGGCAUUUCAGAGUUUGGGUUCUGCGUCAGAAACUGGAGCCUCUUCCUCCAUUCUACCGCCAAGCUGAGAGGCUGCACAAGUAG